AUGGCGACACAAGCGUCCAGCGCGGCAACCCCUCUCGCCUUCAUGGAUGUUCUGAGUCCCACUGUCGCCUACUUCGAUCCUGGCGCUGGGGCGGCAUCUAGUAGCAAUCGAAACCCACAUCUCAUCAUCCUGCUGACUUGGAACAACGCCCGCGACGAACACAUUUCCAAAUAUGUCACACAGCAUCGCGCCCGGUUCCCUAACUCGCGCAUUCUUCUGGUCCGGUGCACAUUCGUGACGUGGAUUCGCCCGUCGCUUCGCAGACGGACAUUCGAGACGGCCCUGCCUGUCCUGCGUGACCUAGCUGUCACUGCCGGGACCGAGGGCCAGGAGCCAAAAAUCCUCGUGCACAUAUUCUCCAACGGUGGAGUUGCCUCGGCCAGAACGCUGUGGGACUUGUGGACUUCCGGCAUUGGUGGCGACGAGCAAAUUCCGCGGUACGCCGUCGUUAUGGAUUCGUGCCCAGGGUUCUGGACAUACAAACGCAACUACCACGUCAUCAUGAGUUCUCUGCCCAGUUGGGCAUGGCCGUUGGCCCAUGCCGUGAUGGUCAUAAGCUGGUUGGAGUGGAUCUCGCAGGGUCGCCACGGACCGCAUGAGAUCAAUGCAGAGGCCCUCAACGAGUCGGGCUUCACAUCACGUGAGGUGCGACGGACGUAUGUAUAUGGGACGGAAGAUAAAGCAGUGGGGUGGGAUCAUGUGGAGGCGCAUGCGGAGGAAGCCAGGGAGAGGGGGGUGGUAGUCAGGAUGGAAAAGUUCCCAGGUGGGCAGCAUGUCUCGCAUGCGAGGGUGGACGCAGACCGGUACUGGGGGGUUGUCAAUGAAACGUGGGAAACCAGCAAGUAG